AAACCGGUGUCUGUGAGUCAUCGCCGCUCGGACAGACAACUUGCUUCGAAUCGCUAUUCAGAAGCCUCGCAGAUUCUCUCGGAUUUAUUAGGAAUCACGAAUUUCUCUCUCAUUGCCCGACAGGAUUGAGAUGUUACAUUUUAGGUCCUCGACAGUGCUGAAGGAGUUGUUUGAAGCCACCCUCAAGCGUCCCUUUCCCGUCUACCGAGAGAAGACCUGGUUGCCGACAGGCUCCCGCUGCUUCUGCUGCCUCGGCGCCACCUCCGUUGAUGCCAGAGCCACAUCUGCUCCUCUGAAGCUCCUCAAUGCCGCCGCGCACCGCCCGGCUCUCCGCACCGCGCCCCGCGCCGCCUCUCUCCGCUCCUACUGCGUGAAAACCGAAGCCGAGGAGGUAGAGGAGCAGCUGAAGAAGGAUGGAGCCGGCGGCGAAGCGGACAGCGACAAGAGAAGAAACGCAGGGAUUCUCCCGAGUUUGGAGGAUUUGCUUUUCUACACAGUGGCCGAAGGUCAAGAGACGAUUCCUGCUCACAAAUUUCUCACAGCACUGAAAGCCACGGGGCUUCGUUCCGGAGAUCCACGACUGAAGGAGUGCAUGGAAACACUGAAAGAAACUCUAAAGAAGACUUCAGAUGGCGUUACACUGGACAGGCACCUUUUCAAGAAGUGUGUCCAGAGCAACAUUGUCCUGCUCACUCAGGCCUUCCGCAAGAAGUUCGUCAUCCCAGACUUCCAGUCCUUCACCUCCCAUAUUGAUGAGCUGUAUGAGAAUGCCAAAAAUCUCACUGGAGGGCAGGUUGCAGACUACAUUCCUCAGCUGGCCAAGUUCAGCCCCGACCUGUGGGCGGUUUCUCUGUGCACGGUGGACGGGCAGAGACAUACGGUGGGAGACACUAAGGUCCCCUUCUGCAUGCAGUCUUGUGUGAAGCCUCUGAAGUAUGCCGUCGCCGUGCACGACCACAGCACGGAGUACGUGCACAGUUUCAUCGGGAAGGAGCCCAGCGGCCUCCGCUUCAACAAGCUCUUCCUGAAUGAAGAUGAUAAGCCGCACAACCCGAUGGUGAAUGCUGGCGCUAUUGUUUGUACUUCACUCAUAAAGCAAAGUGUAAGCAACGCAGAGAAAUUUGACUAUGUCAUGAACUUUCUGAAAAAGAUGGCGGGAAACGAGUAUGUGGGUUUCAGCAACGCCACAUUCCAGUCUGAGCGUGAGUCAGGAGACAGGAACUUCGCCAUCGGCUACUACCUGAAAGAAAAAAAGUGUUUCCCAGAGGGGACAGACAUGACCUCUGUACUGGACUUGUACUUUCAACUCUGCUCCAUUGAGGUGACAUGUGAGAGUGCCAGUGUCAUGGCGGCCACCCUGGCCAACGGGGGUAUCUGCCCAAUCACGGGCGAGCGCGUGCUGAACCCAGAGGCGGUGAGGAACACGCUGAGUCUGAUGCACUCCUGUGGCAUGUACGACUUCUCAGGGCAGUUUGCUUUCCAUGUCGGCCUGCCUGCCAAGUCUGGCGUAUCAGGAGGGAUCCUGCUGGUUGUGCCCAACGUGAUGGGCAUCAUGUGCUGGUCGCCUCCGCUCGACAAGCUGGGCAACUCGGUCAGAGGGAUCCAGUUCUGCACGGACCUGGUGGAGCUUUUCAACUUCCACAACUACGACAAUCUGAGGCACUUCACCAAGAAGCACGACCCUCGCAGAGAAGGAGGCGACCAGCGGGUCAAGUCUGUCAUCAACCUGCUGUUUUCCGCCUACACUGGGGACGUAUCAGCCCUGAGGAGGUUCGCGCUGUCAUCCAUGGACAUGGAGCAGAGGGACUAUGACUCGAGGACGGCCCUGCACGUUGCAGCAGCUGAAGGACACAUAGAGGUGGUUCGCUUUCUGCUGGAGGCUUGCAAGGUGAAUCCAGUACCCAGAGACAGAUGGGGGAACACGCCGAUGGAUGAGGCGGUGCAUUUCGGCCACCACGACGUGGUCACCAUGCUGCAGCAGUACCACGAGAAAUACAGCCCGCCCUCCGAUGACGAGCACAAGACUAGCCCUGAGAAGAGCCUGGACAGCCUUCUGUGAGACCUGCUGCAGGUUGCUACGGAGGACCGGAGGAGGAAAAACUUUGUAGCCCAACGCUCAGGCUUCUGUUGAAUUAUUUAGCUGCUCUGCUGUGAUUUGAUUUUUGGCCGUAAAUGGUUGCUUGUUCACGUCUAUCGAAAUGUGAGCGUGAGCGGCUUAAACUCAUAUCUAAAGUGUUUACGGUAUUACUCCUGUAAUCUCACAGUACUGUAAACCACAUUUCUAGGAUGUACCUUGUACUAGUUUAGUAUUUUGUUCGUUUUACUCUCACUGUACAUGUGUUGUAAACUGUGUGGAAAUUAUGGUGUAAAUUAUGCGAUGUGUAGUUACGGGUGUGCUUGAUUUACAUUCCUGCCUCUGUGCUCAUUUGCGAGGUCACCAGCAGGUUCUCAGAGAUUGUACUCCAGAAUGUAUUUUUAAGUGGAAAAACUUGCAAUAGAAACAGUUUGUAUUUAUUUCAGACUUUCUAAAGAUGGAAAUUCAUUUCAGAGCGUGUGAGACGGACAGAAGAUCGUGUGAUUUGUUGCAUUUUGUAGUUUAUUUUGUCAGCAUGGUUACAUUUGCGUAUUUAAUUUGGGCGGACUAUAAUAUCAAUAUAAUGUUGAUUGGCAUACAUUUUAGGGCAAUGUUUACAGUGACAACCUGAUCUGGUUUUGUGCGGUAAUUCUCAGACAUUAUUUUCAGAUGUUUUCUUUCCACAUGUGGAAUAUAGUCAUUGUUUUUAACCUGUGAAAUUUAAUUUGCAAAUAUAUAAACAUGAACAACACGUACGAUAAUUAUAAUCAAAACUACAUACUUAAAUUUAAUGUCCAUGUGAGUGUUUUCAUGGUGUCAGUUGGAGUUCAUGUAUUUCAUGGAAAAAUGCCAAAUAAAAAGCUGGAAUAGAAACCUCUA